AUACAAUUCAGCUUUAUGAAAGCCACCCCCUCAUUACUCCAAUAAUUCAGCACCAAAGAAUCAAAAUCUCAAUACUAUAUCAUCCCACUCUUCUAGACCAUUUCUUCAUUAGAUUUUACAAAAAAAAAAAAAAAAAAUGGAUCUUGAAGAUUGGGAGAUUCUGCCUGAUGAUGGAUUCCUUCAAAUCCAUGAUGAUGAUGGCAAAAUGAUAUUUUCAAGAAAAUAUACAUCUGAUUCCAAGAAUGAAUUCAACAUGAAUUAUUUCAUUUGUCCUUCUCCAAAAUCAUCCCAAUUUGUUGACACAACAGAGCACCCCCCAAGAGUGCCAAAUCAAAUAGUCCCUUUUCAAAUUCAAGAAACCUCAGAUGAUCAAGAAGUGAUAACCAAACAAGUCAUCACUAAUUUCCCACUUGAGAUCAACAUGUUACCAAUACAUAACAUUGAAGAUCCAAUCAACAUGUUACCAUCACAUAACAUUGAAGAUCCAACUUUUAUAGCAAAUAUGAUGGAAGUUGAACAAGAUCAAGUGUCAUCACAAGUUUUCUUCAAGAAAAUGAAGGAAAAUGAAUUUGAAAACAUGAAAAUGGACUCACCAAAGUCCAAUAACAAACCCCUUUUGUCCCAAUUUGAGGAGAAAGUAGAGGACUUGGAGGUUGAAAAAGAGAUGGUGAUCAAGAAAAUUGGCAUGGAAAAAGAGGAUACUGAAGAAAACAAUGGUGGAUUGAACUUUUUGAACAAGAGUUUCAAUGGAAUUGGUGCUAUUUGCUCUUUUGGGGUUGCUGCUGCUGCUACUAUUUGCAUCAUCUUCAUUGGUAAUCACCAAAAACAAAAGCAGAAUCAGAAGCUUCGGUUCCAAAUCUUUUCUCAUGACAAGAGGAUGAAGCAAGUAGUUCAUCAUGCAACAAGAUUGAAUGAAGCAAUUUCUGCAGUGAGAGGAGUUCCAGUUACAAGGGCACAUAUCACAGUUGGAGGUUACUAUGAUGCUCUUUAAAUCAAAGUUCAAGAAUGUUUAUCAGCAUCUUGGAUCCUUUUCACGUUCCAUUAGAUUAUAGUACAUAUAUAUAGGAAUGUUAUUAUAUAUAUGUUGUACAUAAAUAUAAAGGUCAAUAUUAUGAAGCAUUGGAGUUUGGUUCAGAUAAAAAUAGUAAUGUUUCAUGAAUGUAAACUUUUGUUGAGGCUUUUAUGUAUUUUUUGUAAGUUUUCGGUA